UUUUUUUAAGCGCGCGAGUUCCAGUGUCCCCAUUUUUUAAAAUUUUUAAACUUGCUCUGCCAUUUUCAUGUUUCCAUUUUUUGCCGAAAUUUCCAAUCCAUGUGCCAUGUCCAUAUUCUGCCCAAGAGCAUGUUCCAUUAAUCCAUUUUUAUGUUGUUUUUCCAUAUGCUGCAUGUCCAUAUUCUUUUCCAUUCCAUUUUCCGCCCAAAAGCCUCAGGAUCGCCAAAGCACCACUUUGGCAUCCGGUGCUACCAGUUAAGUGGAAUCAUGCUGG